AUGAAAAUGCUCCGGUUUCGCAGCCCCAGCAUCCGGUCCUUGGACCAAGAAAUCCUCUGUACGAUCCGAUUACUGGACGACUCGGAGAUCUCCUGCAGCAUCCAGAGAGACACCAAAGGCCAAUUCCUAUUGGACCAUGUGUGUAACCACUACAAUCUACUUGAGAAAGACUACUUUGGCAUUAGAUAUGUGGAUCCUGAAAAACAAAGGCAUUGGCUGGAGCCCAACAAGCCUGUGGUGAGACAGAUGAAGUCUCAGCAGCCAUACACCAUGUGCUUUCGGGUCAAGUUCUACCCCCACGAGCCGAUGAAGAUCAAGGAGGAGCUCACCAGGUAUCUCCUUUAUCUUCAGCUGAAGAGAGACAUCUAUCAUGGUCGUCUCCUCUGUCCAUUUGCAGAUGCUGCCUACCUGGGAGCCUGCAUCAUACAGGCUGAACUAGGUGACUAUGACCCAGACGAGCAUCCGCAUGACUACAUCAGAGACUUCAAGCUGUUUCCAAAACAAUCCCUCAAAUUGGAGAGGAAGAUUAUGGAAAUGCAUAGGAACGAGCUCAGGGGACAGUGUGCAUCGUUAGCAGAGUUAAACAUGCUUCAAAGGGCCCACACCCUUGAGACAUAUGGAGUUGACCCCCACCCUUGCAAGGAUUUCACGGGCUCCACAGCCUUCCUAGGGUUCACCGCCACAGGUUUUGUGGUCUUUCAGGGCAACAAAAGGAUCCAUCUCCUCAAAUGGGCUGAUGUCAGCAAGCUUAAGUUUGAAGGGAAAACCUUCUAUGUCAUCGGGAUUCAGAAAGAGAAGAAACUGGUGUUGACGUUUCACACCUCGACCCCUGCAGCAUGUAAGCACCUAUGGAAGUGCGGGGUGGAGAACCAAGCCUUUUACAAGUGUGCUAAAUCGAGUCAAAUAAAAACCGUAUCCAGCAGUAACAUCUUCUUCAAGGGCAGCAGGUUCAGAUACAGUGGAAGAGUAGCCAAGGAAGUGAUAGAGGCCAGCUCAAAGAUACAGAGAGAACCGCCGGAGGUUCGAAGAACCCAGUUUGGACAGAGCAGAAGCUAUAACUCUCUGAGCCAUAAGAACCUUAUCAUGAAUAUGGAGCCCCUGGUACCUGCCUUGCCCUCUGCUAAUGAAUAUGAAGAGACCGCCACAGACAACGAGGGGAAACCCCCCCCCCCCAAAGAGAAAAAUAAACAUGGCCCUGUGAUGGCCUCGCUGCCUGUCCAGGCAGAGGAGGAAGAGGAGGAGGAGGAGGAGGAGGAGGAGGAGGAAGAGACCAGCGGAGCGCUGACCAUCUCAGAGCUUGUUUACAGCCCCUGUGCUAGCAUGCUGCCCACCCCAGUGGAUGACAGCCAGGGAGGAGUAGACCUGCUAUUCUCCUCCCCAGCCCAGAGCCCUGCCAGGCUGCUGAGAGAGCUCCACGCUGACCCUGACAUCCAAGCCCAGCUGGAGGCUGAGAGGGAGCGGGACCGUGCCUACGAACGUGUCCGCAUGGCUGGGAGAAGCCGGAUGGGCGGCGUCCUAAGCAGUGGCCUCCGUCUCCUCUCAUCCAACAAGAGAGUCAACGCCUGCUUGCUGAGCGCGGCCCGCCUCGUCGCAGUGGUGAUGGGCGUUCUGUUAGUUGCCGUCCCGACACUGCUGCUGCUGUUGGAGUCGGACCUUGACGUGUCAUUUCUUCAUGAGAUACGUCAGACCCCAGAGUUUGAGCAGUUCCACUAUGAGUACUACUGCCCCCUACAGCGCUGGAUCCUCUGUAAAAUCAGUACAGCUAUGGAGGACCUCUGGUCAGACUAAA